AAAAAAAAACUGAUUCACGGGGCAGUAUCUAUUCUUCAGACAGGCAAAACGGCUGGGAGACGGCAGAGAAAGUCUUCGGCGGAGAAGCACCAGGUGCCAACCGAGAGGCAAAUACACGAACUCCAGCGCCGCACAGUGGCCGAGACGUCCAAGCCAUCGCGCCGUAUAGGCGGAGUGUGUUCGCGACAGGGGAAGACAAUUUGGUGACAUGGUUAGCUUUGUGCCUUCCAGCAGUGACCGUCCCCACUCCCCCAUGGUGUUAACCAAGGCCGAGCGCCGGGAGCGCUACAUGCAGAAGACACGUGCCGAGGCCAGUUACCUGUUCAAGUACCUCAUCCUGACGCAAAUCAUCGUGUAUCUCGAGGCUGGUUCCAUCCCGUGUCUACUGGAUCAACUCAGUGUGUCACUCAAUCUGGACGCAACGCAACAAGGGGCUCUGGGUGGGGUUGUGUACCUGGCUCUCAGCGCAGCGUCGCCACUCUGCGCCUUCUUCCUCCACCGCUUCAACCCUCGCACCGUAUUGGGUCUCAGUCUGUUGUGUAACAAUGUGGCUGUGCUCAUGUUGGCUCUCACACCCACGGGGUUCGCCUUCAGUGCCAACAUGUUGAUCUUGGCACGAGCUGCUGUGGGCUUCACACAGGCGUUUCCCUGUAUUUACACGCCCUUGUGGGUGGACGAAUACGCUCCACGAGAGAAGGUGGCCGGGUGGAUGAGUUAUCUGCAGGGGAGUGUCCCCAUGGGCGUCAUGCUCGGCUAUUUCGCUGGCACGGUCAGUAACUGGCUCGUGCCCGAGAGUUUUUCACUCAUCCAGACGUGGCGCUGGCCAUUUCUGCUUCAGUUUCUGGCUCUGUUGCCCAUUAACGUAGCCAUCUUCUUCGUGCCAAAGAAACAUUUAGUGAUUCGCAGUGAUAACGACAAAGACGCUGUGGGCAGUGGCGGCACUGAGAGCGCGAGUGCCAGUUCCUCUGAUGGCUGCAUGGACGACGCGCAGUCGCUCGACGUGGCGGAGGAGACGGCGUCGAAACGCAGUAACCAGGAGGCGCACAAUGAAGAAGAGGAGGAAGAAUCGCAUUACAACGAGUUGGAGCCUUUAAACAGCAGUCGCGGAGGGUUCCUGAGCGCUCGAGGCAGAGCUGCCUUCGGUCUGCACAGCUUCCUGGACGACACGGUGGCUGGAACUCCCAUGAGCACAAGAUCCACGACGUAUCACGACGAAGAAGACGCGUUGCUGGCCAGCGCCAGUAUGUACGGAGUCAGCAGUCAACGCAGCGUCCGCCAGCUGCAUCAGAACCAGCAGCAGUACCAUUUGGGCCACUGUGAAGAUGACAGUGGCGUGGCAUCACUUCGUCGCAGUAUGAUCCGACCUCCGAGUAUGCGUGGCGCUCCGCUGUUGGACGCAGUAGCGAGUGAACUGGAGAAAAGUGACGCUGUUGUUAAUGCCUCUGCGUCAGUUAAAACGUCGCCGAUUAACGCAAGAGCCGGCAACGAGCGCACAUCGCCAGUGUCCAAGAGCUUAUCUUCAACGUACGGCGCACUGGACACUGCUAUCGCUCCCAUGAGAUCUCCUCGGAUGUCCCCGCGGAUGAGCAUGUUGGAAGCCUCGAUACUGGAAGAGGAGUUCAUGGAGGUGUACGAACAGGGCGCGUUCUCCGAGGGCGUCUACGAACUGCUGCAUAUCCCCGUCUUCUGCUUGAUCGUGUUCGGGCUCACGACUGUGUACUUCGUCGUCACGGGCGUGCAGUACUGGAGCACCAUCUUCAUGAUCAAGUCGUUGCAUGCGUCCAAGUAUCUGGUCAACGCGCUGUUCGUCGUUGUCUCCGGUACUGGCCCAAUCCUGGGCGUCUUCUUUGGUGGCUGGCUCAUCGACAGAUACGGAGGAUACAUCGGCGUGGAGCAGCGUGCCAAAGCCCUGGGAAUCUGCAUGAUCCUGGGCCUCAUCGCGUUCUCCAUCUCAGCAGUGACGACGUUCUUCGACGACAUCUACAUCACUGCUGGGUUCCUGUGGCUCCUGCUCUUCUUCGGCGGCGCUAUCCUGCCAGCUUGCACGGGCAUCUUCAUCUCGGUCGUGCCAGCUGAGCAUCGAGCGUUGGCUUCGUCCUUCUCCGUCAUGGUCUUCAACCUGUUCGGCUACGCGCUCUCCCCCUACCUCACAGGUCUCAUCAUGGAGUGGGUCAUCUCGCAGCAAGGACAGACAGACACUUACUUCCAGUAUUGUGACGAGGCCUGUGCCUAUCGUAUCGGCUUCCGCUUCUGUCUCUGCUGGUCUGUGUGGUCGGUUCUCUGUCUUGGCUCGGCGUGGCACAUCGCGUCUCGACAGGCGGGAGAAGCUCGGCAGGUCCAGCAGUUCUACGCUGCGCAACGUCCACAAGUAGCAGAAGUUUAGGAAUAGGCAUGCACAUACCCAAUUAAUCGUAAAGAGAUUGUUAGCAAGACUUUAAAAUGGACACAUCAGUUUACAUGCCAGUGCCAAUCCGAUCCACUGUAAGCGAAUGGAACUUGUCGAG